AGCAUUAGCUGGGGCAUGACCUUUAUGAAUCAUCCUGAUGGGAUGACUAAUUUCUGUUGGAUGACCAAUUUCUACUGGGAUAUCUGGUUCCUGAUGGAAUGGCCAGUGUCUGAAGUCAACAAGCAUAAACCAUGGAUCGAGACUUCAUAUCACGGAGUCAUAACUGAGAACAAUGACACAGUCAUCUUGGAUCCACCACUUGUAGCCCUGGAUAAAGAUGCACCAGUUCCUUUUGCAGGGGAAAUUUGUGCAUUCAAGAUCCACGGCCAGGAGCUGCCCUUUGAGGCGGUGGUGCUCAACAAGACGUCAGGAGAGGGCCGGCUGCGAGCCAAGAGCCCCAUCGACUGUGAGCUGCAGAAGGAGUACACGUUCAUCAUCCAGGCCUAUGACUGUGGCGCAGGGCCCCGGGAGACAGCCUGGAAGAAGUCGCACAAGGCCGUGGUCCACAUCCAGGUGAAGGACGUCAAUGAGUUUGCUCCCACCUUCAAAGAGCCAGCCUACAAGGCAGUCGUGACAGAGGGGAAGAUCUACGACAGCAUCCUGCAGGUGGAGGCCGUCGACGAGGACUGCUCCCCCCAGUACAGCCAGAUUUGCAACUAUGAAAUCGUCACAACUGACGUGCCUUUUGCCAUUGACAGAAAUGGCAACAUUAGAAAUACUGAGAAGCUGAGCUAUGACAAGCAACGCCAGUACGAGAUCCUGGUGACCGCCUAUGACUGUGGACAGAAGCCGGCCGCUCAGGACACGCUGGUGCAGGUGGAUGUGAAGCCAGUUUGCAAGCCUGGCUGGCAAGACUGGACCAAGAGGAUUGAGUAUCAGCCUGGCUCCGGGAGCGUGCCGCUUUUCCCCAGCAUCCACCUGGAGACGUGCGACGGGGCCGUGUCCUCCAUCCAGAUCACCACGGAGCUGCAGACCAAUUACAUCGGGAAGGGCUGCGACCGGGAGACCUACUCUGAGAGAUCCCUUCAGAAAUUAUGUGGAGCCUCCUCUGGCAUCAUCGACCUCUUGCCGUCCCCCAGUGCUGCCACCAACUGGACAGCAGGACUGCUCGUGGACAGCAGCGAGAUGAUCUUCAAGUUUGAUGGCAGACAAGGUGCCAAGAUCCCCGAUGGGAUUGUGCCCAAGAACCUGACAGACCAGUUCACCAUCACCAUGUGGAUGAAACAUGGCCCCAGCCCUGGUGUGAGAGCCGAGAAGGAAACUAUCCUCUGCAACUCAGACAAGACUGAAAUGAAUCGGCAUCACUACGCCCUGUACGUGCACAACUGCCGCCUCGUCUUCCUCUUGCGCAAGGACUUCGACCAGGCGGACACCUUCCGCCCCGCAGAGUUCCACUGGAAGCUGGACCAGAUAUGUGACAAAGAAUGGCAUUACUACGUCAUCAAUGUGGAGUUUCCUGUAGUUACCUUAUACAUGGAUGGAGCAACAUAUGAACCCUAUCUGGUGACCAACGAUUGGCCCAUUCAUCCAUCUCACAUAGCCAUGCAACUUACGGUCGGCGCUUGUUGGCAAGGAGGAGAAGUCACCAAACCACGGUUUGCUCAGUUCUUCCACGGCAGCCUGGCCAGUCUCACCAUCCGCCCCGGCAAAAUGGAGAGUCAGAAGGUGAUCUCCUGCCUGCAGGCCUGCAAGGAAGGACUGGAUAUCAAUUCCCUGGAAAGCCUCGGCCAAGGCAUAAAGUACCACUUCAACCCCUCGCAGUCCAUCCUGGUGAUGGAAGGUGACGACAUUGGGAACAUCAACCGCGCCCUCCAGAAGGUGUCCUACAUCAACUCCAGGCAGUUCCCGACGGCGGGCGUGCGGCGCCUGAGAGUCUCUUCCAAAGUCCAGUGCUUUGGAGAAGAUGUGUGCAUCAGCGUCCCCGACGUGGAUGCCUAUGUGAUGGUGCUGCAGGCCAUCGAGCCCCAGAUCAGCCUCCGUGGCACAGACCGCCUCUGGAGACCUGCUGCCCAGUUUGAAAGUGCCCGAGGGGUGACCCUCUUUCCCGACCUCAAGAUUGUGAGCACCUUCGCCAAAGCCGAGGCCCUAGGUGACCUGAAGACCACAGCACCCAAAUCAGCAGUCUUAGAAGAAAUGCUUCACAACUUAGAUUUCUGUGACAUUCUGGUGCUUGGAGGGGACCUGGACCCAAGACAGGAGUGCUUGGAGCUCAACCACAGUGAGCUCCAUCAGCGACACCUGGAUGCCACCAACUCCACAGCAGGCUACUCCAUCUACGGUGUGGGCUCCAUGAGCCGCUAUGAACAGGUACUGCAUCACAUCCGCUACCGCAACUGGCAUCCAGCUUCCCUUGAGUCUCGGCGGUUCAGAAUCAAGUGCUCAGAACUGAACGGGCGUUAUACCAGCAAUGAGUUCAACCUGGAGGUCAGCAUCCUCCAUGAGGCCAGAGUCUCAGACAAGGAGCACGUCAACCACCUUAUUGUGCAGCCUCCCUUCCUGCAGUCUGUCCACCACCCUGAGUCCCAGAGUAGCAUCCAGCGCAGUUCAGUGGUCCCAAGCAUCGCCACAGUGGUCAUCAUCAUCUCCGUAUGCAUGCUGGUGUUUGUCGUGGCCAUGGGCGUGUACCGGGUCCGGAUUGCCCACCAGCACUUCACCCAAGAGACGGAGGCUGCCAAGGAGGCGGAGAUGGAUUGGGACGACUCUGCGCUCACUAUUACAGUCAACCCCAUGGAGAAACAUGAAGAACCAGGGCGUGGGGAAGAGGAGACUGAGGAGGAGGAGGAAGAAGUGGAGGAAGACAUGAGCUCCAGCAGCAGUGACUCAGAGGACAGCGAAGAGGAAGAGGAGGAGGAAGGGAUGGGCAAGGGCAGACAUGGGCAGAGUGGAGCCAGGCAAGCCCAGCUGGAGUGGGACGACUCUGCCCUGCCCUACUAGUGCCCAGCUGUCUGUGCCCACCCAGUGUCCCUUUUGUAAGCCCCACCUGAUAUACGCCUGAGUCUAUCACCUGUCGCCUCUGAUUUCUAUGACAAGUCUGGGCAGGCCUUCCCCAGCGUCCUGGAAGUCACCCUUUAUUCCUUGGGUACUCCCUAGGGAGGGUCCAAGAAGCCCAGGGUCAUCAUUAGUGGAGACUUCAGGGUGGACUUUGCCCUGUAGCCCCUACUUCUGCCCUGGACUCACCUAGCAUCCUGUCAGCCAAUCUGCAGAAUUCUGCCUUUGUUCUUCUUUGCAAGGAAAAAGUCAGCCUUUAUGUCACUCACCUCCCCCGGGCUCCCUGUGCCCAGGGCCCUUGGGUUCCAGCUCACUGUGCGUGCACCUGACCCCGUCUCCCCUUCCACACAGACCAGCAGGUUCUUCUCACCUGACUUUUCAGGUGGGUUCACGUGGGCGAGGUGGUCAGACUUCACACGUAAGAGGUCUUCAGUCCUUAAUACUCUAAAAGAAAGUCUUUGUUGAGGCAGAUUUAACAUAUAGGGAAAGGUUCACAUGCACGCACACCCACAUGCACACAUUCGCUCUCCCCAGUUUGGAGAGCCUUUCCCUUUGUCCUUUCUGAGGUCACAUAAGGUUAGAUGAAAAGUCCAAAACCAAGACUAGGUCUUUGGCCACAGCAGGGCCUGGGCCCCAGCCAAAGCUCUCUGUCAACCAGGCUGCCACCACAUGACAUCACAGGAACCAGCAAGCACUCUGCAGAGGUACUGCCUCAAGCAACAGUGUGACAAGCCUGCAGCCAGAGACCAGAAGGAAGGGCUAAUAGGAUGAGCAGCUGGGCACUAUGGUGGGCACAGAUCUGGGAGAUGGGGGUGGCUGGGGUCUUCCCAGCCAGAGGGAAGCCAGAGGUGGACAAGGCUCUCAGCAUCUAGUCUGAGGGUCCCUCAUCACCUGUUUCACACUGUUUUGCCUUCUGAGCAAAUUCAUCCCUCUCCGAUGUAUUAGAACCAGCAUGAACUGCACCAAAUCUAAAAUGAAAGUUUGGAGAUUUGAAUGUUAGGAAUUAGGAGCAUAUCUGUGAUAGUAACAGCUGCUGCUGUAUUCUUCUAAAAGGAGCAGUGCUUUGGGUGGAGGGCAAAUAUAUCUGAAAAUCUAAUUUUUUUCUUCUUGUUUCAAUAAAAUCUUUUCCACCUCCAUCCUAACAUGGACACCUUGUAAGGAGAGAACAGUUGCUAUAGUAACUUGUCUGUGCUCUUUUGUGACCAGAGAUUAGCAGGCAAAAACAGGGCCAUUCUAGGACUUCCACAAGGCUCUGAGACCGUCUUUGUUUUGAAUGUACAAAGGAUAAAGCCAGAGACAAUCUGUCCCUGUCCUCCCACCCUCCCCCUGUUGUUCAUCCCAUACUGGCAGAGGCACAGAGCUGGCCCCUAGUCACAGGGGCAUUCAGGUUCAAAAGUAAGUUGAGAAUCUGUUCAUUCUACUCACCAUGUCACUAAAAUAGAGUUUAAGGGGGACCAUCAUGAAUGACCUCUAGUUUGAGCUCCACCCAACGAGGAUCCAUGAGAGGCCCCUGCAAGCUUCUGAUUGAAGAAAAUUACCUGAUGCAGCUUUUUCCACCAUCAAAAGUGAUUUUUGCACUCUGUUCCCCCCCUUUGAGCCUCACCAUAACUCUGUCAGGGAGUUGGGACACCUAUUGUCAGGCCUAUUUUGAGUAAACUGAAGUUCAUAGCUUCAGCAUCUUGUUCAGAGUCACUCAGAGGUAGAGACAAGACCAGACUUCCCACCUGCCACUCUUGGUCCAGUGCCCAUAACCCUGCUUCUACUUAUAUUUAUGCAGCUCACAAGCAUUGUUGAGGACCUACUAUGUGCUAAGCACUCAACCAGCAGCCCUAGGAGAUGCUAAAGCUGAGUAAGAUUGGGUGAAUUCUCCCAAGCAAAAUGCUCUAUCAGGUUGUGUCUGCACAGCUACAAGGAGAAAAUCUCUAACACUGCUUAGUCUCCAUAAUCCCUUUCAUUAAAUAAAAGAUUCUCCAGUUGGGCAUUUAGGAGCUAACAGAAUUCUAUCAAAAUUAUGGCAGUAAAAACCAAAUUUAUGGUUUUUCAAUUUUUUUUGUUAUUCGUAAGAUAAAAUUUGAUGUUGCAAGUUUUUAAAAUUCUAGUUAAUAUAUAGUGUAAUUAGUUUCAGGAGUAGAAUUUAGUGAUUCAUCACUUACACCACCUGGUGCUCAUCACAACCAGUGCUUUUUCAAUCGGAUUUACAUUUAAAAUAUCUGAGUCUUUACACAGUCUUUUCAGUUUGGUUGGGGUGAGAAGGGGUUACUCAUGCCUUCCGGCUAUCUCCAAUGGCUGUAUCACUUCUGGUUGAGGAAGCUAAUUGGGCCCUAAUUUAGGGAUUAUGGGGGCGGAGGGAGCAGGUGAAAGUGGCACUUGGCUAGGGAUGCAGAGUUGAAUCAUUUGUGACUGGAUUGAUGUAGAGAAACAAUGGGAACAACAAGUCAGGACCCUCUCCAUCAACUGUUGUGCCAAGUCACACUGUGUGUCAGCUCAAAAGAUGAGACACUUGAAAUACUGCUGGGUCAAUGGGCAUUUAUCAUGUUCCCAAAGCCGUACUCAACAAGGAGUGGUUAUAUAGAAGUAGCAGAAGCUUCAGAGACCAUUCAGGUGAGUAGUAAUUUAACUUGCUCUACACCAGAUAUUCUAAUAAAGUGAAAAAUGUCAUCAAUCAGCCCAGCAUGUUCCAGGCUCCAUAUGCUGGUAUCCAGGAACCAGAACUCCCAGAUGGCCUGUACACCAUGCAGCCUCUCAUCCAGACAUCAGAGGCAGCAGGUGCAGGCUCAUAUCCCAGAGGAACAGCUGACCAGUUUGGCCACAGGCCAGACCAUUGCUUAUCUUGCCAAGAGGAUGACCAGAUUUUGCUCUCUGGAGCUGGGAAAGAGAUAGGCUGAAACCUCUCAAGUGACUCAGGUGACAGGGAGGGAGAGGAAGAGGAGGUUGAAAUGGAAUAGGCCAAUACAGACUGAGCUGCCCAAUGGAGUAAAGCAAUCAACUAGUUGGUCAGCUGUCUUAAUAACAAAAGUAAUUCUAGUAGGUUAAUCAAAUGCUUUGAAUUUGACCAAGGCCCAAAUGUAAGUAGGUAACAAAAAUAUGAUUUCAGGGGAUCUUAUUUCAUUAUCAUUUUCUUAAAUGUUCUCAAUCAUCCUAUCAAGCAGGGUUUAGACUACACAACUCUGCAGGUAGCAAUACCUAGUGGACACAGAUCCUCCAGGAAGAGGGCUCCUAGUGGGAAGCAAUGUCCUCCAUGCCGGUACAUACAGCAGAUGUCAGCAAACUUUAUCUGGAAAGAGCCAGAUAGUAAAUAUUUUAGGCUUUGCAGGGCAUAUGGUCUCUGUUGCAAGUAUUCAACUCUGCCACUGUCGCAUGAAAUAAGCCACAGACAAUACAUAAAUGAAUGGAUAUGGCUAUGUUCCAAAAAAAAUUAUUUAUGAAUACUAAAAGAGCAGAAAUUUGAAUUCAUAUUUUUACAUAUCAUGAAAUUUUAUUACUCUUUUUCAAUUUUUACUUUCAACCAUUUAAAAUUUUAAAAACUCUUGUGAGCCCAUGGGCCAUACAAAACCCAGCAGCCUGCCUGAUUUGGCCUUGGGUCACAGUUUGCAUACCUCUACCAUACAUUCAAGGAAAGCAGCCCUUCUAUUUACCAAGAGAAAGUAAAUUGCUAUCUUAGACCCUUCCUCAUCCACCCAGGGGUCUUUGCCUCCAAAAUGAACUACAAACAAUUCCACGGCCCUUAAUUAAGUUUUAAAUGUUCAUGUCCCAGCAAGAAAAUGACAACAAAAAAACACCUGCUACCCGUCAAAUUGACUUGAACGCAGAUAAGCAUUCAUCAAGAACUCCAAGCCCUGAGUGCCCAAACUGACUGACCACUGAGUGCUAACCCCCUUGGGCUCAGGGACAACUCCCAGGCACAGCGCCUUCCCAGCAUGACUCAGCCCAUAAUGAUUUCUAAGCAGGGGUGUUCAUUAUCUCAGACUGAUUUCCAUUUCGGCUCUAUUCAUACCAUUGCUCUAAAAAUGAUCCUAAAGACUUUUGACUGUUUGAAUCAAUAGCAACAUAAUCAGUAGAAAGCCCUACCCAGCACAUUUCAAAAUUAGCACUCUUCAUGGCUCUAUAAUUCAAUAUUAGCAAGAGGAAGAAAAGAGGACUUUUUCUUAAUCAUCCUCUCAUUGAAAUUAACUAAAUCAGUUUUACCAAAAAAAGUGAGGGCAUGAGUUUAAUUCUUUGAAAGAAUUUACAAGUGAAAAGUAGAUGGUUUUCAGGUAGGAUCAUUCUUGGGCCUUUGGGGUAUCCACAAAGCCUCCGUGAAAUACUCUGGAGGGCUACGGACGGUACAGGAUCCUCUAUCUGCAUCAGACUUUUAUCGAGGCUGACAAGCCAAAGCCCUUGGCACAAUUUAAUUUUCAUGUAAUCACUUUCUGCUGCCCAGCUGUAGGCAAAGGAAAUGAACAGUGAAAGUUUUAAAGUCUACUCCAGCACUUUCAUUUCCCUGCCUUUAUUUACUUUAUUUUAUAAAUUUAUUCUGUACCUACUCUAUAGAUCUUGCUCCAGUUUUCCUUUUGGCACCAACUACAAAGGGAAGUUGGCUUUACAAGGGCUGUGGACUAGAAGUCACACUUGACUCUAUCCCAGGAAGGUACAAAGAGACACAAGAAGUUAUCUCCACCAGCACCCCAGAAAGCAAUCAGACAUUCCCUGGAUGCCAUUAGUGAACAGAUGGGAUUCUGUGUUUGCAGCUACGUUCAAUGUAAUUCAGCAAAUCCUUGCUGAGUACCCAUGGUGUGCCAGGCCCCGUGCCAGAAAUGAGGGAAUGGUAGAUGAAUGAGGUGUGGCCCUGCCCAGGGAAGUCUCUCGGUCUCAUGAACUGUUGGCAGGCUUCCUUUGUGAGAGCAGUGGAGACUGAUGCAGACAGAAGUUUGGAGUUGGGGGAAGGGAGUAACUUGCUCUGGCAGUUCUCCACCCUAAGUUACAUGGCAGGUGUGAUUCUGGGAGCCCUCACACACAUUGCCAAGGCCAGCGGAGGAGAGCACUAGGGAGGCAGGCAGUGCUUUCCUAGAUGUUCCUAAUUCUUCCCCAGCCUGACCCAGGUCACUUAUGGAUGAAAGCAAGUCACCCUGCCCACAAGGUGGAUAUCACGUGGCUGAUGAUUGAGAAUCCGUGAAACUACAAAGGAAGUUCUUUCGUAUGAAUGGCAGGCAGGCAGACCUGGAAAGUAAGCCAGAUACAGGGGCUGGUAUGUGCCAAGUUCAAAGACAUGAAAAGCAUGACAUGAGGGAAGACCUCUGAGGCCUGAAGUCAGAGCUGAGGAGGGAAGAAGGGCUUGACUUUGCUAAGGGCCACAGGACACUGUAGAGCAGAGAUUCCCAAGGAGCGCCCUGGACCAGAGCAUCAGCUAGGGAUGAGUGAGAAAUGCAAAUACACAAGAUCCACCCAAGAGCUACUGCAUCAGAAACCACGGGUGGCACCCAGUGGUGUAUGUUUCAAGGCUCUCAAAUCCUGAUGCACUCUAAGGUUUGAAAACCACAGAUGUGGAGUAUGAGAAUAAUUUUCACUGGCACUGGGAGGAGAUGAUUAAUAGGAUAAGAGAGUCAAUUACUAGUGAGAAGAGAAGGAGUCAAAGCAGACCAUUCUAUGAACCCUGUAGGGCCCUCUAGACUCUAGUCCAUACUCCCUGAAGCAGUGAUAUUUUUUAAAAAUAUUUUAUUUAUUCGUGAGACAGAGAGAGAGAGGCAGAGACAUAGGCAGAGAGAAAAGCAGGCUCCAUGCAGGGAGCCUAAUGUGGGACCUGAUCCUGGGACUCUAGGAUCAUGCCCUGGGCUGAAGGCAGACAGUCAACUGCUGAGCCACCCAGGCAUCCCUGAAGCAGUGAUUUUAAGGAACCUUGGGCCACGUCCCAACUCCACUCCUCUCCUAGGGCAUGAUCCAUCUCCUGCUGGUCUGGCCCCUUUAAUCCUAGAGAGACACAUAGUCUAGGGGAGGCUGUAGUGAGGCCACCCAUCCCUAAGGAGACUGCCUUCCAGAUUCCCAUAUAUAAGCAGCCUCCUGAAGGGCCAUGUAUUAGAGGAAAUGAUUAAACUGUAGCAGUGUCCUUACAUCACCAGGAGAACUGGUCCCCACAGAGCAUCUAUGCUGUGGAGCCACCAGGGCCUACAGAGAGUGGCGUGGGGUCAUCCAAGGACACUGCCAGCUUUACUGUGGUGCUGCGCCUUCUGUAAUAUGACUGGGUCAUGCAGCGUCACAAUCCAAACACAAAAUUGGAUGGAGAAUGAAUGGCUUUUCUUGGAAGGGCAGUAACUCAUUCUGGAUGUUACUAAAAGUAGAAAACAAAACCUAAAACAAACCUGCAGCAUUCUCUACAGGUGGAAUCUGUGUUGGUCUUCAAAUCUCUAAGACCUGCAAAGGUACCAGUCUCCACCAAUUCCCUUUUCCCCUACCUCCCAGAAGCCAAAGAUCUGCCAAUUAUUGAUUUAGGUUUUUGAUUCAUGGCUUAAACUCUGCAAAGAUCUAGAACCUUUCGGGAGAAACAAGUUGACAUUCUAUCAGUCACACCUACCUGUGGUGCAGAAUCUGUCCUCAUGUAAGGGUUUCUGAGACUAGGAGUCAGAGAACUGGAACACUGGGCCUUGGAGUGGGAGGAGAGAGGAGGAGUGGGAGGGAGGGGAACCCAGACACAUGGCCUUGGAAAGCUGGCACCUGCUGUAUAGUUUCUAAGAACCCAGUUCCCUCUUGAUCAAAGGCACAUUCCUGGUCCUGUCAGCCCUGUCCUAGCUGAGUCCUCCCCCAAAUGCCCUCAAGGAUACCUCCAUGUCUCCAGCCUAGUUUAUGGAAGGGUCUUCUGAUUAAAUGGUCAAUCAAUCCCCUGAGACCACAGUGACCAUAUCAAGAACAACCAUCUCUAACACAUUAGAUUGUGCUAAAAAGAACCAACGGUUUGCCAGUUGUUUGUGAGAAGCAAAGGAGAGAGCAGACCCAAGAGGUGAAAGGAAAGUUUCUUCCUGUUCACAUCACUUAGGUCCAGAAGAAUUUUCUUCUCCAGCCUGGUCUCUGAUGCGACAUCUCUCUCCCAAGACCUUAAGACAAUUUUGUUUCCCUGAAGUUAAGUCACUUAUUACAAAGUCCCCUAUGGGACAAAAAGACAAGGGAUGGGAUGGCAGGACGUGGGUGGAGAGGCCUUAGGUAGUUCUGGGAGCAGGAUGGGCUCUGUUCUCAUUGAGAAGCUUAUAUCUGUAUCCAGUCAGACAGAAGGGUCAGGAGCUCCAAUCUAGCCAGAACACCAGGUGGAAAGAAAGAAUAUGAGGGAUAUUUAUUGGGAAGAAUGGGCACAGAGGAGACCCCCAAGAUAUGUCACUGUGCAAGCCAUACUAGUCAUUUACAUUUGUCAGAAACAGGGGAGGACUGCGUCCCAAUAUCAGCUAGUCCCUCCCAUUUUAAGCCCCAAAGAGGUGCUGCUACGUCUGGACCACUGAGAUGAUCCAUUUCAAGUCAGAGUCCCAUUCCAUGAGGACUGUCAGUUGCACCCACUGGGGACCCUGACCAGGCACCAGAAAACAUGGCUGUGUGAGGCUGUAUGGCCCCUCAGCUCUUGCCGCCUCUGCUGUCACAGGCCCUCAUCAAGGCAAGAAGUGUCACUCACUUAUCACAGCACAUAGCCCAUAGCAUGGGCUUGAUAAAUGGUGAAUUAAACAGAAUACCAGAGAUCACCUAACCUCAGCAAAUGCACAGGAUGUGAAAAAUUAAGAUGCUUCCAUAGAAAAAGACUCCUCCAUCUUUUCUCUUAGUAUAUAGGUCAGAAUCCUUCAUAAAAUCAGAGCAAGGAGAAGUAGGAGUAUAUCUAGGGGCAGGAAAAGAACAAGAAUGGAGUUCUUUGGAGAGUGGCCCCUUGCUAGCUCACUAAAAGGUGCCCCUAAGCCCAGAGCAGCUGGAGGGGCACUGGUAAGCCCACCUGCUCCAUCCUCAGGUCCUGAGUCACGAUGCUGCCCAGGAAGGAGGACGUCCUAAUCUGUUAAUCGCCCUAGUCUUGUGCUACUCUGCAGCUCCUUUCAGCAGAUUUGAUGCAGAGAUCCAUCAAGAUGAAGCUCAACCCCCAACAGCCGAAGGAAAAGAGGGCAAUAGAGGUGAGAAGAGCCAAAAUGCAGGCAGUGUGUAUUAAUCCCAGGUGACAAAAACAUGCCGACUUUAACAUCUGUUUGCUUUUAUCUUGAAAUGAAAAUGCAUCUCAGCUAUCCAGACCUUUUUUUCUGAGCAUUUCAGAACAUAAAUGGGACAUACACACACACACACACACACACACACACACACACACACACACACACUCAUGGUAAGGGUUCUUUUCCCCAGCAGAAAGAGCUACCAAAGAAAAGAGCCCAUAGGUUUUCUCUAUUUGCAGAAUCAGGGAAUCAACUGCAGGUCUCAGCUACUAGAGUCCAGCCUCUUUGAAAAAGGGAGGGGAAGGGCCAGGAGACAGCUGCCUUAGGAAGGGUUCACUGGGGCCUCUGUGAGAAAGGGUUCUGGUUGGGCCUGUGGGUCACAGAUAGGAAUGUAAUGUGCACACCCCUGCAGACAAAAGUCCAUCCAUCCUGCGCAAUGUGGAAUAUACCCCUUAGCUCCUCCCUUGUCUGCAAAGGAGCCAUCAAUGUGCAGGAUUCAGAAGAUGGCAUGCACAUCUUUGCUUGUAAACUUCAAGUGGUGGAAAUAAGGCAAAAGCCUUUUGGAGAUUAGGAAGUUAGACUUGAUAUCCAGGGCUGAUCACUCAAAAGGCAAAAAAAGAGAUUGACGGGAAAGCUGACUCAGAGUUAGAGAGGGAACAGGUGAGGCUAGAGAAGAGUGACGGAACAGGAACACCCUCACCUGGGAAGCCAGAGCAUUGCUCUAUACUGAAAGCUGUAUCCAAGUUUCAGCAAACUAUGGGGAAGCCUGGCCAUGUGACCCUGAGGCAAUCAAAUCAAUGCCUCCAAAGUCAGACCUAUUCGAAGGUGAUUUCAUUCUUAAUUGAACUAGUCACAAUGGAUCAAUCCACCUGAUUGCUUCCAGCCUGACCUCGGUGGCUUCCAAAAAAAAGUUGUUGAUGCCCUGAGCUGGACAGCAGAGAAGGAAAUUGAAGAAAACCAGCCAGUGAAUUUAGAAAAGAAACUGCAUGUAGAAGUUGGUUGUUUUCAAAGAUAUCCAUAGGUAUUAGAGUUAGGUGUGUUAUGUUAUCGGCAUGGACAUUAUAAUGUCAGAAAGGUAAGAUUCAGAAUGACUUGGUGGGACAUUCACUUGGAAAAUUAGUUAAUGUGUUAAAUAUAAGCUAUCAGGGAAAAGUAGGCUAAGGGCAGCAAUUAUGUGCGUCAUAUGCAUAAAAUACAGAAAUAAGUAAGAUAUAAAGAUGUCAAUGGUCCCAACACAUUUUCAGUUCCUUAGAAGCACAGGUUUGGGUGUUACACUUUUUCUUACUGUUCUCAUUUACUUUUAGCUCUCAGAGCACUGGGAACAGUGCCUGGCACAUAGUAGGAGUUUAGUAAGCAUUGGAAAAUGGAAGGUCCAACUUGUCGCUACAUGGGACUCAGUACUCACUAUACACCCAAUUAAGUGAGCCACAGGGAAGCAAGUCAGCCACAUCCCCCUCCUAGAUCAUUACACCUCGGCUGAGGAGAAGCUUGCAUGAAUUCAAAGAUUCAGAACAAUGUCCAGCUGGCUGCAGGCACUGGGUCUGGCUCUUGCCGGGAUGCUGUACAGAGUGGGCCUAUAUCACUUAGGACGCUGCACAUAGUGGGUCUGUAUCACUUAGACCUCAUCUGCAUAACACCUAACAAGCUAUUUCUACAGGGAACAGGACUGAGGGCUCCCCUCCUAUUGCUUCUGCCAUUUCCUAAACACUUGUGCAAUGCUGUGGAGUUGUGCCAACUUCGGGUACAAUUCUAGAACUAAAUAUAAUGAUUCUGGGCUCAGCCAGUCUCAGAGGUCUAAUGAUUCUUCUCUCAGCUCUUCCCAUCACCCAUAUCUGGAGAUGCCACCUCAACAGGUGGGCCCGUGUAUGUAUACCUGAUACAUGUCCACCUCUGAGCUCUUUCAGCUGCCUCAAAAAACUGACUCCUUUUAGUCUAGAAAAUGUGUUUAUUUGCUAAAUAUACUAGUGUGUAUGAUGUGAAACAAUGCAAACUUUGGACUAUCUUGUUAGACUGUAUGCAUUUAUAGAAUUUAAUUUCAGGAGAGCACUUUAUCAUCUUGCUCAAUGAAUGAGGUUGCCCAAUCACAGAUGACCAGAGAAAAUGCCCCUUCUCCUCCCUACACCUAUGAGCCCCUCCCCUGAUCUAGUCCCUGCCUAAUUGAGCUGUCCUGUCCACUUCAGGCUGAUGCAGAGUGAAGGGCGCUGAGAAUCUCCAUGUAUAUAAAGAUAUAGGAAGAAAAUAAGAACCACCACAGGAAUCUGUUGGGCUUCUUCCCAUGACUGUGAUUUUAUCCAUAUUUGAGUCACAAACUUUACAUUUCUAACAAUUAAGAUUCUUGCAGUUUCCAAGUAAUUUGUUAAAUGCCUAUUCGACACAGACAGAUAUUUAUUUUCAGCCUUGACUUGUAAAUGCCUACAAACUGAUUCAUGCUGGUGGUCGUUACGACACUUUCUGUGAAUUGGUGAAUAAAUAUGAUUUUAGAAUUUCA